AUGUUCCUUUUUCUUGUAUACCUCUGCUUUCUCUUCAAUUUGUUGUUUGUCAUCGCUUCCACUGGCAGUACUCCGCCUUACACCCCCACAGAUUAUAUCCUGAUCAACUGCGGCUCAUCCUCGAUUUCAACCUCAGUUGAUGGCCGGAAAUGGGGCGGCGACGUGGGCUCAAAAUUCUCACCUAACGACAUGGCAAAUAUUUCAUCAGCAGUCACAGCCACUGAGCAAGACCCCUCAGUCAGCGGAGUCCCUUUUUCAAGUGCCCGAAUCAUCCGUUCUCAAUUCUCUUACACCUUCCCUGUCAGCCUAGGCAAAAAGUUCCUCCGCCUUUACUUCUACCCUACCUCGUACACCGGCGGUCUCAACACAACUGAGUCUUUCUUCAAUGUCACGGCUAAUAACUACACCCUUCUCAGUAACUUUAGCGCAUAUCUCACAGUUUCUAGCAAGGGAUUCUCGCCACCCUUUGUUUUUGAAGAACAUAUAAUCAAUUCGGUUGUUAAAGAAUAUAUCAUCAAUAUUGAGGAUAUGAAUCAGUUCCUCAACGUUACCUUUUUGCCCUCUUCGAAUUCCUACGCUUUCGUUAAUGGAAUUGAAGUUGUUUCAACCCCGGAAGAUCUCUACAUGGGCAAGGAUGGCCAGUUCGAGUGUGAUCAGGAUAAGACUGCUUUAGAAAUUCUUUACAGGCUCAACGUAGGAGGCAAUGAUGUUUCUGUGGUGGAAGAUAGUGGGAUGUUCCGGGGAUGGGCUCCAGAUUACGAUUUCCUCUGGGGCACAGAUAAAGGAAAUCCACUGAGCAAUAAUGAAAUUGACAUCAAGUACACUCCACAGACCCCAAAUUACACCGCGCCCCCAGUUGUUUAUGCUACUGCCAGGGCGAUGGGAAAGUUCAGCACCAGCUUCAACUUGAGCUGGAUGUUUCCUGUUGAUUCUGGGUUUUAUUAUCUCAUGAGGUUGCAUUUUUGUGAGAUUAUUCCUGAUUUGAUUGCAGCGGAUUACGACCGGGUGUUCAUAAUAUUUAUUAGUAACAUAACAGCUGAGCCAUUUGCUGAUGUUAUACGUUGGGCAGGCGGCCCAGGAAUCCCAGUUCUCAGAGACUACCCCGUGUUCGUUCCAAACCCACCAGACGGUCGCCAGACCAAGCAAGGCUUGUUUCUUGCUCUGCACCCAAAUCUUGACGUCAAACCAAAAUAUGCUGAUGCAAUCUUGAAUGGCUUAGAAUUGUUCAAAUUGAUUACCUCCGACGGCAGUCUUGGCGGGACCAAUCCUAAUCUAUCGAGGGAUCCCAAUUCUCUGGCAUCAAACAAGAAGUCACCGAUUAAGGGGAGUCCUGGAAAACCUCGGGUACUGUUUGCUGCCAUUGGAGGAGGGGUUUCUGUGGUUUUAAUCCUCGGUUUCUUGAUUUUCCGGUGGCGAUGGAAGAGACGGGUAAAAGACGUGGACCAGAAAAGUGCUUCAAAGUCAUCACUUUCAACCCCGCCAAGGUCAACAAAGACUGGAGCAUCGGGUUCAUCGUCGCUUAGAAGAUUUUUGUUGGAGGAGAUUGGAUCCGCUUCAGCCAACUUUGAUGCCAAGUUUGUGAUUGGGACUGGAGGAUUUGGAAACGUGUACAAAGGGUACAUAGACAACAAUCUAACCACGGUAGCGAUAAAGCGAUUAAAUCCUUCAUCAAGACAGGGUGCCCGUGAAUUCCAAACCGAGAUCGAGAUGCUAUCAAAGUUAAGACAUCUUCAUUUGGUUUCCUUGAUAGGCUACUGUGAUGAAAAGGGCGAGAUGAUCUUGGUUUAUGAUUAUAUGGCUAAUGGAACCCUCCGCGAUCAUCUCUAUAGAACAGACAAUCCACCGCUCCCAUGGAAAAAACGCCUUCAAAUCUGCAUUGGUGCCGCCAAAGGGUUGGAUUAUCUCCACACGGGCACCAAGCACACUAUCAUUCACCGCGAUGUCAAGUCAACCAACAUAUUAUUGGACGAGACAUGGGUGGCCAAAGUUUCGGAUUUCGGAUUAUCCAAACUUGGUCCGAGUGGGAUUUACAGCCAUAUCAGCACGCAGGUCAAGGGGAGUUUCGGCUACAUAGAUCCGGAGUACUACACGAGACAGCAAUUGACGGACAAGUCUGAUGUGUACUCAUUCGGGGUGGUUUUGCUUGAAGUUUUGUGUGGUCGGGCAGCUAUUAUUCUAGACUUACCCCAGGAGCAGGUGAAUUUGGCUGAAUGGGCCAAGAAGUGUUACAAAAAAGGGAUUAUCCAUCGAGUUGUGGACCCAGAUGUGAAGGGCGAGAUUGCACCCCAAUGUUUGAGGAUUUUUGCUGAAACGGCCAUUAAUUGUUUGAAAGAUCAAGGGAUUCAACGACCGGGAAUGGAUGAUGUAGUUGGUGGCCUUGAAUUUGCAUUGCAAGUCCAGGAGGCAGCGGAAAAUGAGGGUGGUCGACCUGAUCCAUUUCCCUUGCAUAUGCAUGGAGGAGAUGUGCAAAAUAUGACCGAUGAUGAUACAGAUGUGAUUUCUGAAUCAGAAGGCGAUCAAGAUUCUGCUGGCAAGAUUGAGAUGGUGGUAUUACAACUUGGACAUCCACGGCAAGCAGUGACAACUUCAAGGUGUGACAGUGUUUUCUCUGAGAUUCUGAAUCCCAAUGGACGGUAAGGUUUUUUAAUCAACAAACCAACCUUGAGGCUUGAACCUAAGAUUUUCAUUUCAGAGGACUCAAGAGUCUGGUAUGCUGUGUCGUUCUUCUUUCUCUCUCUGUCUUUUUUUUUUUCUUAUAGCAAAUGUAUAGUAUAGUGUGGUUUUGAUUGAUGUAAUAACUCAUAGUCAAAGUGUAGUCUUGGAAACAGCUGGUUCUGUAUCAAAUAAAUCCUUGAUGGUUGUAAAUGUGCGUGCCCGUAGAAUAUGUAAAAUUGUUUUGCUGUGCCAUAUUAUUAAGGAAACAUUGACAAGAUGAAAAACAAUUAAACUAAAUAACACCUUAGUUGACAUGAUAGGACAAUCUAAAGGCAUGUAUUAAUAAAAAAAGCAUUGAUUUUUUUAAAAAAAUUUUGCAGGGAUUGGAUAGAUUGACAUAUUUAGGAGAUGUAAUCUUAUACUAAUCUCUUCUCUGUAUGAUAAUUAUUAGGAAAUUGGCUUAAUUUCUUUUAGAUAGAUUUCUUAUUUUGUAUGGAAGUAACUAGUUUACUAAUUGAUUUUAGUUACUUGAAGUAGUAACCAAAGAAUAUUCUAUUUAGUUUAGAAUUAGAAGUUAUUUCCUAUUCUAUACAAGUUUAGGAAAUAGAAUUGGUUUUCUAUUAUUAUUUGGUAUUUUGAUCAAAUAAUAUUCUCUAUAAAUAGGUGGGUUGGCAUACUACAAAGAGACACACAAGGGCACACAAGAGGGCAUCAUGUAGCCUUAUACAUGGGGUAAGAGAGGGUUCUUGGGAGAUGAGAGAUGGUAUACAAGAGUUGGACUUGGGUUCAAGUUGUAUUCUUAUAUAGGAUUUUCCUCUCAUAAUAAAGAACAGAUUUCUUUCUGUGAACAUAGGCUCAAUGGUGGAGUCGAACCACGUUAAA